AUGAAUUCAUUAACACAAGAGAAGAAGAGAGGGUUGGCAGACUUGUUCCGUAGGUCAGGUGCAGACAAGGGAAAGAGCAAACAACCUGGGAAGGAUUCAAAGUUGGAGAUCACUUCAGGAGGAGCAAGGUAUAUUAAUAGAAAGAAAGAAGAGAAACCUGAGCCAGAAAAGAAACCAGUGGACCCACCAGAGACCAAAAAUGCUGCUUUCUGUGCCAUAAUUUUGGAAGAAUUUUUGAAAGAACUGGCUGCUAUAUCACAAGAACAAGCUGUGUUGAUGGAGGAUGAAGAAUAUACAACCAUUGUCAUCAGAUGAGAGCCUUUGAUUAGGUUUAACUGGAGGAAUUUAUUGGUGCCAUCAUGGAGAUUUAUUUUGCCAGUGCUUACAAUGAUGCUUUACCUUAAAAUAAAAAGAAAAUAUUGUGGCAUAAGAAAAUAGGCAUUUAAAAGUUAAAAGGAGAUGCUAAAAAGAUG